ACGCCAGCUAGCGGAAUGGUCGGAAAGUGCAGAUCAUUUAACGAAAAACAUGGCGGACGCUGCUGCGCGGAGAGAGGCCAGGCGAAGGAAAAUCUUGCAAAAUUCAGAGGCCAGGCUGAAAAGACUCGCCGGUAUUGAGCACACGACACAAGAUACCCACAAUGAAGAAGCUAAGGAAACUGAGUCUAUUGAAAAAGCCUCUCCAACCACACUUCUACAAGCGUCUGUGAAAACUACAAGAAAUGAAGAUAACAUACAAUUGAAAACUUCAAACAGACAAGAGACCAAUAGACCAUCAGAAGAAAGGUUUGUGAACAGAAUCACAGAAGAACUGACAAGAGACGAAGAUACAACAGCUACAAGAGACAUCAUUCGUACCACCUCAAAAAACACUGAACUGAAAACCCAAGAAAGCCAAGACAGCAACAUUCCUGAGGUUUUGAAUGGUGUAAACGUAGGGUUGUCUGGUGCAGAGAGUAGGGUACAGGAGGACGAUGGAGGACUAUCGGAGGAAGGAUGUUGGAGUGGCCACACUAAGCACAUGUACCUGCUUGUAUUUGCUGUGCUGGUGAGAUGUUUACUGGCCUGUGAACAGCUGCAAGUGAUCGUGAUGAAGUCAGCAGUUAUCCCCUUCCUAAUGCUACAGUGUUGUGUCGUGGGAUUUGACUUCUUGAUCAGAAAGGGCUCUCAGACAGCACAACCAACCAUGUCUCUCCUCAGCACUGCGCUGGUCCUGACUGGUGUUUCCAAGACAACCAUCACCAUGGUAACCAAAACAACAACGUACUUAACAGCCAUGUUGUCAGACUUUGCCUGGUACAUGUUUGUAUUCCUUGUAACCCACAUUGCGCUGGAAGCAAUAGGUUGAUUAGAAGGGGAGUAGACCCUUCUAAAUAGAAGAGAUCAUGUACAGAAAUUGACUUGGAGAAGUCCAGGGCUGUUUCCAUGAGCCAGGACCUGUCCCUCUGUCCUGGGACAGAAAUUAACUGAUUGGGACGGGCAUAAAUUUUACCCUGACCAAAAA